CAACUACCUUUCUACUCGAAUCCGUUCUUCGCUGGCGUUCUACUAGCGCCUCAUAUAAAGGAAGUUGGGGAAACAGCAGCGCCCAGCGGAAGUGUGGGAAGACUACGUCACGGCGGUCUGAUCGGCUCCCCGUCAUCUGCCUCCGUUUCUUCAAUUUGAUUGCUGUUCUCCUGAAUCCCGCUACUGUCAACGGAGCAAAAUUUCCCUCUUUCUUCUCUCUUACUAGUCAUUUGACAUCCGGCGACGGAGAUAGAGGGAAUUCUUUCAAUUCGCGCCUUCAUGUCUCGCUUCUCUUCCGAGUAUAAUAACUAGGGCAGCCGCCGGGGAAAGACGCGAAGAGCUGCUAAACUACUUCUCAAUCGAAUCUCCGUUGCCAGUGGGUGUCAAACGCAAACUAGAAAGAUGGAUUCAUCGCAGAACAUGACCGGAGGAAAUGGUGGUAAUGGCGCAUUACCUGCUCAGGCAAAUGAUAUUGCGACAGCAAAUGCAUCAGCCAAUGACCCAAAGGAGAAUCUAAACCAAGUUAUCAACUCCAUCCAGAAGAAUCUUGGCCUCAUCCACCAGCUUUACCUCACUGUGUCCUCCUUCAGUGCUGCUUCACAGGCUCCUUUACUCCAGCGGCUUAAUGGCCUCAUCACCGAGCUAGAUAAUAUGGAUAAAUUGGCUGAGAAGUGCAAUAUACAAGUUCCCAUGGAGGUUAUUAAUUUGAUUGAUGAUGGGAAAAAUCCAGAUGAAUUCACACGAGAUGUCAUAAACAGCUGCAUCGCCAAAAACCAGGUUACCAAGGGGAAAACAGAUGGCUUUAAGGCUCUACGUAAGAAUCUCCUGGAAGAACUAGAGCAGGCUUUUCCUGAUGAAGUUGAAUCGUACAGGGAAAUACGUGCUAUUUCUGCUGCUGAAUCGAAACGCCUUGCCCAAGCACAAAGUUCAUUGCCAAAUGGAGACGUGAAGGUUAAACCCGAGCUUUGAGGGCUAACAUCGGUGACGAAUAUAUGUCUUCCUCCUUCAGUUCUGCAUCUUUCUUUUAUUGUUUUUACUUCCUUUCCUUGCGUUUCUUCUUCCUCUGCAUGUUACCUUGUAGAUCUGAUGCUGUGCUUUAACUAGAUAGGGAUGCUUGACAGAAGAUUCUAUGCUAGUAAUGUUGCGAAUUCAGGGGGACUGGCGAUUAUAGUAAUUGUGUUGUUAUACCUUUCUGGUGUGACUUCCUAAUGGAUUACUGACUAGAACUGUCCAAAUAUUCUUACAUAACUACAUCUGAUAAAAUUAUAUUAGUUCCUUUAGUAACUUCCUCACUUUGAUGGUUAAUGUUGCUAGUUCUUGCCUUUGUAGCGGAACUAAGAUAUGUACUUGAGAAAGAGCUUACGAUUUGUGGCACAAUGAGAAAACAUAAACAUUUUCCAAAUGUUCUUGAAAUUGUUGUGU